GGGGCUGCUCUGGGGUGCGGGACCCAAACCCGUCCGGUUUCCCGGCGACUGCAGAUGGACAGACGGGCUCUGGCAUCCGUCGGGGGUCCCGAAGGGCAGUGGGGUCACGCAGGGCUGGGAUGUCCUUGCGGGUGCGAUUCGUGGGAUGGUGGUCCCCGCUCCCAGCCCGGCGCGGGAGGCACCGGCCGCACCCGCCCCGUCGGAGUCGGGGGCGGGACCGCACCGGGAGGGGCGUGGCCGUACCGGGCAGGCGGCGGGAGAGCAGCCGGGCAGAGCCGAGCGGCGGCGGCAGCCCGGGCUCCGCGACGGGGACUGGGAGCGGGACCGGCGACGGGGACGUGCCCCCGGGCGGCAGGGAAGCAUGGGUUGUGUGAGGUCAAAGGAAGCUGGUGUCCAAGAGAAGGCGAUAAAAACUGAUCCUGACCCUGAUCCUGGUCCCACCAUCCAGCAGGGCCACUAUGUGAGGGACCCCACAGCCACCAACAAGAGGAACAACAAUGUCCCCAGCAUGGCUGUGCCCCUGCCCGAGGAUGGCCCGGGGGACAGCGUGGUGCUGGCACUCUACGACUACGAGGCGAUGAACGCCGGGGACCUCAGCUUCCAGAAGGGCGAGCGGAUGAAGGUCCUAGAGAAGUCAGGGGAAUGGUGGCAUGCACGGUCACUGGUGACAGGACGUGAAGGCUUCAUCCCCAGCAACUACGUUGCCCAAGACAACUCGCUGGAGACAGAGGAGUGGUUUUUCAAGGACAUCAGCCGGAAGGAUGCGGAGCGGCAGCUCCUUGGCCCUGGGAACAUGAUUGGAUCCUUCAUGAUAAGAGACAGCGAGACAACGAAAGGCUCUUACUCGCUCUCGGUGCGGGACGGGGACGAGCUGCGGGGCGGGGCAGUGAAGCAUUACAAGAUCCGGACUCUGGAUGGCGGCGGCUUCUACAUCUCCCCACGAAACAACUUCAACACCCUGCAGGAGCUGGUCCAGCACUACAAGGGUCAGAGUGACGGGCUGUGCCAGAAGCUCACCCACCCCUGCCAUGUACCCAAGCCACAGAAGCCCUGGGAGAAAGACGCCUGGGAGAUCCCUCGGGAGUCUCUGAGCCUGGAGAGGAAGCUGGGAGCCGGGCAGUUCGGAGAAGUGUGGAUGGCUACCUACAACAAGCACACCAAGGUGGCAGUGAAGACCAUGAAGCCGGGCAGCAUGUCCCCGGAAGCCUUCCUGCAGGAGGCAAACCUGAUGAAGACGCUGCAGCACGACAAGCUGGUGAAGCUGCACGCGGUGGUCACCAGGGAGGAGCCCAUCUUCAUCAUCACCGAAUUCAUGGAGAAAGGGAGCUUGCUGGAUUUCCUGAAGAGCGAUGAGGGGAACAAGCUGCCGCUCCCGAAGCUGAUCGACUUCUCUGCCCAGAUUGCAGAAGGAAUGGCUUUUAUUGAGAAGAGGAACUACAUCCACAGAGACCUGAGAGCCGCCAACAUCCUGGUGUCAGCAGUGCUGGUGUGCAAGAUUGCAGACUUUGGGCUGGCCAGGGUCAUCGAGGACAACGAGUACACGGCCCGGGAAGGUGCCAAGUUUCCCAUUAAAUGGACUGCACCAGAAGCCAUCAACUACGGAUCUUUCACUAUAAAAUCGGAUGUCUGGUCCUUUGGGAUCCUCCUCACUGAGAUCAUUACCUAUGGACGCAUCCCCUACCCAGGGAUGUCCAGCGUGGAGGUGAUCAGGGCUCUGGAGCGUGGAUACCGGAUGCCCCGCACGGAUAACUGCCCCGAGGAGCUGUACGACAUCAUGAUGAGGUGCUGGAAGGUCAAACCCGAGGAGCGCCCCACUUUUGAGUACAUACAGAGUGUUCUGGAGGAUUUCUUCACUGCGACAGAGAGGCAGUACCAGCAGGAGCCCUAGCACGGGAUGCUUGGGGCGGACACUGCCAGCUCUUCCCUGUGUCACCUGUGCCCUGCUUCCCCUGCCAGCCUGGCCCAGGAACCACAGCCUUCCUGGAGAGCCUGGGCUGGAGGAAGCACACGAUGGAGGGAGAAGAGACGUGGCCAUCCCUUGUGCCUUCCCCAGGAGCCUGAAUGUCCCUGGGGCAGCGGCUCCAGGAAGGGCUGGCUGGACAGUGGAUGCCCAGACCCCAGGAGGAUGGACAGGGAUGGGACCAGGCCUGCUUUUGCUGCAAGGAAAAUCCCGGAUCAGUAUUUUUUUUUAAUCCUGCUGAGAUUUUAUCAUGUCAUUCUGCAGAAGUAGGUGCCUUAGCGUGCUGGCCUUGCUGAAAUGCCCUGCAGUGCCUGUGCUCCCUGUGUGAUUGAUCCCAGGGGAUCCCCCCAGGCACGCUGCAGUGCAGCCUCUGGCUCAUCAUCAGCACGGGAUCUUGGGGUUUGGGUGUCGAGUGUCACAGACCCUUGUCCUCCUCUCUCCCUUCUGGGUUUCCUUCCCCAGUAUUUUCCUGGCAGGCCCUGUGCAGAGUGCAGGUUUCCUGAGGCUGUGCUGCAGGGGCAGAUGGACACAGACAGGGCUUUUCCAGGCCAUCCCAGCAUGGAUCCCCCUCCACUUGCCUAGGGAAGAACCUCUGGAGCCCAAAGCCAUGGCAAAAGGAGCCCUCUCCCCUGUGGCAAAGCUUACAGGCAGCAUUUAUUGUCUGCUGGGGCAUUUGCAGUGUCAGCAAGGGCCAGGUGCUCCCUGCACACUCACUUUAUGCUAUUGUUUAUUUUUAGUAUUGUAUUAGGUUAUUUGGGGAAGAGGAGUAAACAGUAUUUUUUUAAGACAGCCAUGUACCUCUCACAGCAGGGAGACUGGCGCCUGUGAUUAUAUUUUUGAUAACAAGAGGCAAACGCCGUCGCUUCUGCUUUGGGAUCUUUUGGGGUUUUUUUGUAAUCAAUAAAAUAUUUAUCAACCUUU